AUGGACAAGAAGAUAAAAUCUGCUCAGCACAAAAAACUCGUCGCAGUGGAAAACAUUAAGGCGCUGGAGCGCUUUAAGCAGAACUUCAAACCCGAAAAUGUAGGUGAAAUCCCGGAGGUUAUGGAGGGUUUGGAGCAACACAGACAGGACUUUUUUGCCGCGGUGGCAAAACUGGAAGAGUAUGACGACACCAGUGAUGCGAUUCAAGCCUGUAUUACUGACAGGAUCGAUAUGGAAGAGCGCUGCCGGCGGCUAAAAUCGUUCCUUAGAGAAAACCAGCGGAAGGAAGCCAAUUCGCUCAACGACUCCUUAAAGGCAAACUCAACCCUAGCGUUUAGACGGCCAAAUACAUCAAACAUUCGUUUUCAAAAAACCGAAUUACCAACGUUCGACGGUGAUUCGACAAAGUGGUUGUCAUUCCGCGAUCGCUUUGUCGCGAUGAUUGACGCAAGUGUCGAGCUGCCGCCAAUUGCAAAACUGCAGUACUUACUUUCGUCCCUGAAAGGUGACGCUGCGGUUCCCUUCGAACAUGUUACUCUGACCACGGAAAACUAUUCUGUUACCUGGGCUGCGCUGCUUAAGCGAUACGACAACUCACGGAUGCUCAUUUGCGAGUAUUGGCGACGGCUACAUUUCCUACCUGCGAUUGCAACAGAAAGUGUCGAUGGUUUGACGUCGUUGAUAGAUUAA